AUGACGCUGAGAAACAAUAUGGCGUCGGCAGAGUGGUUGAAAAAGUUACCGGAAUUUUUCAUUGCAAGAUUUCCUUUUUUCAAUGCAAUCAGUUUGCUCCUUUUACUUGCAGAGCGAGCAAAAAAUGAAAGGUAUCCCCCAAUUCCUCCAAAUGUGAUAUACACACACAUUGGUAUAUUUGUGGCCUGUGGGUUUCUGCUGUCUUUUCGAUACAAACGGAAGGAGGUCUCCCUAGUGUACUGUGGACAGUUGUUGUACCUGGUGUUUACCCUGUUUACAAACCCACAGAUUGGUUACACACAGUGGCAGAAGAUCAGAAUAGCAUCUCGUCAUCUUGGAUGUGUGGGAAUAUUCCUCAUCUUUUCAUCCAUCUUUGAAAACUUGCCAUCCAAACAACUGCAGAAGCUUGGCGAGACUGUGACUGGGAUAUUUCUGAUGGCGUUUGUAUAUAUACUCAAUAACAGCAAUGAGGACAAACGAGCCUUCCUGUCACAUGUUCCAGGCGGGGACUGGAGUAGGUAUUUUUCCACACUAGUUUUGGCUGCUGGAGCUAUUAGUUUUUUCUCUGGUCAUUUUAUAAGAGACGUAUCGAUCUCGGUGAUAGGAGUGUUUGGGAUUCUAACAAUUCUUGUGGACUGUGACAUUAACUUUUGGGUGGAAAUGAGGAAAAUGUUAUUCUGGAACCAAGUGAGGCUGAUUAUAGAUGACUUGUGUAUCUUACUCGGAUUUGCAAUGAUUGUGGUGCGAGUGGACAAUAGGAUCAAGAUGGAUUGAUUUGCAACCUAACAACUUUUUGUGCGCUAACAAGGUUCAACACUAACUGUGGGAGUCAAUAGUCUGCAGGACUAGUGAAAUAUCAAAACCACUAGUCCUGUCAGAAUUUUACUACAUGUAAUUCACAAUUAAGCCACAGAUUCCCAAGGAAUCUGGGGAAAUUUUCAAAAAUUGGAUGCUUUCAGAGAGCAUUUCCAGCAUUUUUCCAAAUGAUGUUUAACAAUUUUGAUGAUGCUCAAAAUGCAUUUAAUACAACUCGUAGAAAGACAUUAUACAUGGUAUGAUUAUAUAUCAUUUUAAAUUUAUUUUUGGCGCCAUAAUAUACUUUGAUUUUUACAAGUCCAUUGCCUACUUAAAAUUUAUAAUCAACAAGUCUGGCAGUAUUUUCACUUGCCUUGGACAAAGAAGACUAGCAUUAGUGUUGAACCUCCUUAGUUGGGUAUUAUUAAGAAUGUAGAAUUGUCGGUGAACAAAUUCCGUGUGAUCUCUUGUGAAAUACAUGCCUAGUGUGUCAAUAUACUGAUCUUCCACAUUGUUACAGCGAAAUUUGUGCAGAUUAUGAAUUUGUGAGUAAAUGUAUUAGAAUUUUUCUACAAAUUCACAGGAAAGUGCAAACUCUGAUUUUCUUUUGAUAUUAGAUUUAGAUAUAUGUUUAAGAAAAGUCUGACCCUUACUAAUGAAAUCCUUACAUGUAUAAUUUAGAUUCCCAUAUGUUAGUUUACUUUCACAGACAAGGUAUUCAUAAAUAUUUACACUUUGUAAAUAAUUAUGAAAUUAAUGAUUUGUAUUAUUUAUUGAAAUUCAAUAUUUACAGAAAUAAAAUGACGAGAUAAAAUCUACAAAUGAUGGUAUCACUAGCAACAUAAAUGUUUUCUCCUUGAACAAUGUUGAAGAUGUCCCACCCGAGAUUUGGAUUAAUGUCAAUGUUUUGAGAAGUGUAUUAAUGAUUUCUACAUUGAAGGAGGAUUAGGAAAUUAAAAAAAAAGAAGAAAAUCUGGGAUUGCAAUACUUGUUAUUGAGCGACAGUGUUCUAAACCUGACCUUUUUGCACUUGGAAUUUGACUCGAGAUUUAUUUAAUUAAACUUAAUUUGUCUGUUGGUGUCAUCACAACACGAGCACACAAAACAAUCAUUACAUAAAAUAGACACAUAUCAUGUCUUCUAACACUACAGAUAUAAAAAAAGUCAAAAACUAAUCAUUACAUAAAAUAGACACAUAAUCAUGUCUUCUAACACUACAGAUAUAAAAAAAGUCAAAAACUAAUCAUUACAUAAAAUAGACACAUAAUCAUGUCUUCUAACACUACAGAUAUAAAAAAAGUCAAAAACUAAUCAUUACAUAAAAUAGACACAUAAUCAUGUCUUCUAACACUACAGAUAUAAAAAAAGUCAAAAACUAAUCAUUACAUAAAAUAGACACAUAAUCAUGUCUUCUAACACUACAGAUAUAAAAAAGUCAAAAACUAAUCAUUACAUAAAAUAGACUCAUAAUCAUGUCUUCUAACACUACAGAUAUAAAAAAGUCAAAAACUAAUCAUUACAUAAAAUAGACACAUAAUCAUGUCUUCUAACACUACAGAUAUAAAAAAGUCAAAAACUAAUCAUUACAUAAAAUAGACACAUAAUCAUGUCUUCUAACACUACAGAUAUAAAAAAAGUCAAAAACUAAUCAUUACAUAAAAUAGACACAUAAUCAUGUCUUCUAACACUACAGAUAUAAAAAAGUCAAAAACUAAUCAUUACAUAAAAUAGACACAUAAUCAUGUCUUCUAACACUACAGAUAUAAAAAAGUCAAAAACUAAUCAUUACAUAAAAUAGACACAUAAUCAUGUCUUCUAACACUACAGAUAUAAAAAAGUCAAAAACUAAUCAUUACAUAAAAUAGACACAUAAUCAUGUCUUCUAACACUACAGAUAUAAAAAAGUCAAAAACUAAUCAUUACAUAAAAUAGACACAUAAUCAUGUCUUCUAACACUACAGAUAUAAAAAAGUCAAAAACUAGUCAUGGAGAUAAAUAAUGACCUUUUUGCACUUGAUAUACAAAAUAAAAUCAUGAUAUCAAAUUUGAGAGUUUAAAAGGACAUAUCAGGAAUAAUGUCAAUUUCUAAAAUUUCACAUAAUUUUCAAGGUCUUGUCUUAAAAUUAAAAUUGGAACUAAAAAAAGUGGGGGUUAUUGAGAUCAAAUUAUUAAAUUAUUGGCGAAAAUACUGUAUUUUUAUGCAAAAUGUUAUUAUUAAGUAAAAUAAUUUUAAAAAUUAAGAAUCGGUGUCUUGCUUGGAAAAAUAUAUCAACCAAAUUGAUAAAUUACAACAUUUAAACUAGUCCCAAGUCUCAGCUACUUGUGUUAUGAAUUAUAAAACUGAAAUAUAUGUAUUGGAGUAUAAAAAUAGAAGGUAUAUUGGAUGAAACAGAAACUUAAUAUCAUGCAGAUUAGAACUUUUUGAUUAAUCAAUACUUCCGCCACAACCUUGCCAAAUCCUUUCAAAAUUUGAAUUCACACAAAAAUUUUCCAACUGGAUAGGGUUCAGUAAUAGAUGGGAAUAUGUUUGCACCAAUGGGAUCAGUAUUGAACCAGUAAAUACUUACAUGUAGUUGUAGGAUCGAAAAGGGGAGGGGUGGGAAUGGAAGUUGCAACCCCCUCCCUUUGGUUGAAUAUUUUUAACAAAAAGGAUUUUUGUUUUUUUGUUUGCCAAUUAUGGUCUUCAAUCCCACCUUUUAGGGGCAACAUAGGUACAAAUUUGGGUCCUCUCCCCAGAAAAUUUCUGGAUCUGCUGCUGCUGCUAAUAUAGUAUAACCAUGGUAGGAAAAAGUUUGAAAAACAUGCAUUUGUCAGUAUUAUCUAACACUAUUAAAUGUUGUUUUUGUUGAACAGAUUCAGUAUUGUCAUUAAAAUAAACAUCACUGCAGUUUUUAAUAUGUUUUAGAGAAUAACAUCGUGAGGUAUUUAAUGUUGCAGUAUCAACAUUUCAAUUUCCCUUUAGUUUAUACUAUAUAGCAAAUACUCUGUCAAUGAAUAUAUAUUAAUUUACCUAAUCAUCUAGUUAUUUAUUCUUAUAUUUAAUUGUAUGUAUAACAAAUAUAGUAUGAUUAUAAUUAUUACUGAAUUACGAGAGAGAAAAUGACUUUGUUAAUGCAUGAAAGGUGAUCAAGUUUAUGGUUAAAUGGUGGAAUGAGGGCUCAACAAAUUACACUACUGUCAUACAUGUACACACAGUUUUGAAUUUACACAUGGUAGGAAUGUAAAACAUAAACUUUAAUAGCUUUAUGGUUAUCAAUAUUAGUGUAAAUUCACAAGAUCAAAGGCUCUCUCGCAAAAUCAGUUUUUAUUUAUUUAUCUGUCAUUUACAUUUAGUGAAUGUAAGCCCUUUAUAAUACAUGUAUGCUCUUGCAAUUUUGAUAUGGUUUUUGAAGAUGCAAGGAAUUUACAAUAUAUUAAUGCUAUGGAAAACAGAUCUAUAUGUUUGUAGAAUUUCAUUGUUGAACAAAUUUGAAUUUUUAUGAGUUGAACAGUGAAGAUGUAAACACUAGAGUUUUUGCAUGCAUUAUUUGAAUUCAUUUUAAAUGAUUAAUGGAGAAUAUUUACUUUUUAGGUAAUACAUGAAGAUAAUGAAAAUUUUGUAAUAUUUGCCCCUCCCUCCCCCAAAUGCAACUUUAGUUUAUAAUGUAGACAACUAGAAAUUUUUGAAGAAUGACAUUAUAGAAAUUUGAUGUCUUGGCAAUUAAGUUGCAUUCUCAUUUUACUGUCUCAUUAAUGAUUGGGUAAGGGUUAACUUUAAUUUGAGUUUUAAAAGUUCCUGGAUAAAUCAGUUAUUUUAAUUUUGUAGCAGAAUGUUGUACAUUAUAGCAACAUUAUAACAAAUUAUGAGAUUGUUUAGUAAUUUUAAAGUUGAUCUGCAAAUUAGCACAUUCAUUCAUACAUUUAUUCAGUUUUGAUACAAAGUCUUUUUAGUUCAUAGUAUGGUGACUAUUUUUGAUUUAGUUGGAUUGAUUUGCUUUUUUUUUUUAAAUUGAAAUUUCUCUCAUGAGCAUCUAAGACAUUUCUGUUAAGCUGAAUUGCAUAUGGUUUUGUCCCAACAUGAGUAUAUAACAUGCUUCAAAUUAGUGAAUCAAUCACAUUUACAUUUCCAAUGGUUUUGCCUUUGAUACCUCUACAAAUUGUAACAAUAGCUAUUUCCUCAUGAAUGUGUUGCCGUUGUGAACAUUGCACGCAUGAAUCUUGAUAAAGGAGGUGUGACUAUUUUAACGACUGGGAAUUCUGACAGAAAUGAAAUGUAGAAUGUAAAUAUCAGAAAUAAAUGAAGUUUUGAAAAUAUAUGAGGGUAUGAACUGAAAUGCUUCAUAAAAUAUGCACUGAAAUAAACUUUGGAUACAGGUAAGCAACUGUCAUUGACAAAUCAUUCACAAUAUUAGAAUCAGAGAGAAAGAGAGUCGUUAGCCUUGAGUGUUAAACAUACUCUGUCAUGUAAUUUCAUUAUGCCUUUAAUGAAAUUCUGAUGCAGUAUCAAAUAACAGUGUAAUUUACUGUAGCCUGCUCUUCUAUACACAAUGAGACUUAUUAAAGGACUACCUGCAUAUACUUAUUUGUAAUUAUUCUACCUACUGUUUGAAACUUCAAGAAUUCAGUUUCUUUUAUGUUCAUUAUGCAUACAUUUUAUGUUAGGUUAUAUUCACUGGUGUUUUAAGUGCACAGAUUUGACCUACAGUAAGAAUUAGAGAAUUUAAAAUUUCAGAUCUUUAGCAUGGUUCUGCAUUUUGAUUUUAUUCAUUAACUAACCAAAUCUGGAAUUUUAUAUGAAGUGUUAUGGGUGUGUUUGGAUUGUGCUAUAACCAUUGAUGUUAAUUUAUGCCCUUGAGAGAAUGCAAGACUUGAUGUUCUGAUGUUUUUUAUGUGGUUUGUAUCAUCUACUCAAUAUUAAAAUUGUUAUUCCUGAAA